AUGCCGCCUACAGAAACGCUGUUUUUGGAGUCCACUACCCGCAUUCAGAAGGACCCUAUCAGCUCGUUCAUGGAUUUUCAAGUAUGGGACUUCCCCGGCCAGCUUAACCCUCUGGACGACACGUUCGACUUCGACAACAUCUUUGGCGAGCUUGGAGCUUUAAUCUGGGUCAUUGAUGCGCAGGAUGAGAUUCUGGACCCUCUAUCCCGUUUGCAUUCCACCAUUAUUGCGCUACAGAGGUCAUAUCCUAUGGUCAACAUCGAGGUGUUCAUCCACAAGGUUGACGGCUUGUCGGACGAAUACAAACUGGACACGCAACGGGAUAUCAUGCAGAGGACCCAAGACGAGCUAGAGGAUGGUGGUUACGAUAACGUCCAGAUCUCGUACCACCUCACCAGCAUCUACGACCACAGCAUAUUCGAAGCGUUUUCGAAAGUCAUCCAGAAGCUCCUGCCGCAAUUGGGCACACUUGAGAACUUGCUCAACGUCCUGUGCAGUAACUCGGGCAUCGAGAAGGCGUUCCUUUUCGAUGUUCUCAGCAAGAUCUACAUCGCUACGGAUUCUAGCCCAGUCGACGUGCAGAGCUAUGAGAUAUGCAGCGAUUUCAUCGACGUCAUAGUUGACGUCUCGGAAAUUUAUGGGGUCCUAGACGAGACGGAAGAGCAAAUUCCCGAAGUCAGCAGUGUGAUCAGACUGCAGAACGGAAUGGUCUUGUACCUGCGGGAAAUCAACAAAUUCCUCGCAUUGAUCUGUCUCAUGCGCAAGGAGGGCAUCGAAAAGCAGGGACUGGUCGAUUACAACGUGCAGAUAUUCCAGACGGCGCUGCAAAAGGUUUUCGAGCUUGGCGGGACAGGUGUCAGAUAGAUAGAAGAAAGUGUCGUGGCUGUCGUCGUUGUCGUCGAAACAUGGGCGCUUGGGGGCGUUAUAUCCUUAUACCUUCGUUACUCUCGUUCGUUCGUUCGAUGUUGGUUUGGUUUUUUAUUCGGUUUUAUGCGAUGAUAAAUUCUUUGAGGUUGGAACUUGGAACAGGAUCGUAGGGAGGGUUUAAUGGGCUUGUAAUGGCUUGCGAUCUUGAGAUGUUUCUAGAUAGUCUACCUAGACCUACAUGCUUGAAGUCGGAAAUAUAGAUUGGAUGUUGAAUGAAUGAAUCCGCCUGAGAAGCUGAGGUGUCUGCACGAUGUUUGCCCCAUGUACCUGACUAGGUGCG